UUAUUGCUGCUCUCUCGACUCUUUGCCGGAAAAAUAGACAGCCGCAGUUUUCAAUGGCCGACAAAGCUAAUUUACUGGGUAAACGAAAGGCGGAGUAUGGUUUGAAGACAGAACCGCUUCUGAGGAGGCAUAAGGAGAAAGAGACUAGGCAAGGAUUAGAUGAUAGUACUCUCAAAGGAACAGCAGGAGAGUUGUCGGAGACAAAGGCCGAUGAGUCUAAUUUAAUCUCAGAAAAGGAGGAGGAGACAGUGGAAGAAAGACUUGAUGAAAUUCCUGAGGAAUUUUCAAAGAUCCUCUUUGUUGCAAAUCUCUCUCGCCAAACUGAAACUUCAGAUAUCAUUGAUUUCUUCAAAGAUGUCGGACAAGUUGUUCGUGUUCGUCUCCCGCAACUCGCCCGGGGCAAGCAUGUGGGUUAUGGUUUUGUUGAAUUUGCUUCUUCUAACGAAGCAAAGAUGGCGUUGGAAAAGAAGAACCGUGAAUCUUUGCAUAAUAACAAGAUUAUUCUAGAUGAAGCUCCCGAUUUCGUUGAGGAAGCUGCCGUACCAGUAAAGACUCUGUUUAUUGCCUCUUUAUCUCGCCAUUCAACUAAAAUAUCAGAUAUCAUCGACUUCUUCAAAGAUGUUGGACAAGUGGUUCGUGUUCGACUUGAUAUCAACGAAAGAGACAAGUUUCUUUGCUGUGGCUAUGUUGAGUUUGCUUCUGCCAACCAGGCAAAUAAGGCCCUGCAAAAUAAGAACGGUGAAUAUUUGCACGAUCGCAAGAUUAUUCUUGCUGAUCGCAGUGGAGCUAGUUUCCUUCCACCCAAGUUUUGUGUGGACCACAAGGUUUGGUUCGAAGAAGAAGACUUCCUUCAAGAAGAAAGCCUUCCGUUAGACUCUAUCCAAGAUGUGGCGGCGAUGGAAGAAAGACCUGACGAAACUCCCCAUUCUGCUAAUAAGGACGUACUCCUAAUUGCCAAUCUUUCUCCCCAAACAACUAAAACAGAACAUAUCAUCCGUUUCUUCGAAGAUGUUGGAAGUGUUGUUUCAGUUCGCCUUAUUGUAGACCACGAGUGUAAGCAUGUGGGCUAUGGCUUUGUUGAAUUUGCUUCUUCUUACCAAGCAGAGAAGGCUCUGAAAGAGUUGAAUGGUGAAUAUUUGCAUGAUCACAAGAUUCUGUUGAUGAGAGGACUUGAUGAUGAAACUCCCCAUUCUCUUGAGGAAGCUGCCACUGUAAGAAAUAAGACGCUCUUUGUUUCCGGUCUCUCUCGCCGAACCAAAAUAUCAGAAAUCAUCAAUUUCUUUAAAGAUGUUGGAGAAGUUGUUCAUGUUCGACUUAUUGUAGACCGCUGGGGUAACCUUCAGGGGAAAGGCUUUGUUGAGUUUGCUUCUGCUAACUUGGCAAUGAAGGCGCUGAGAAAGAAAAACGGUGAAUAUUUGAACGAUAGGGAUGUUUUCCUUACUAUUUUUCAGACACCUCCAUACCACCGACGACCCAAGUACUUCAUAGAUCACAAGGUUUGGUACCAAGACUACCUUCAACGUGAAAGCCUUGAGAUAAACGAAGAUGUGGCGGCAGUGGAAAAAGGACUCGAUGAAACCCCCAAUUUUACUGAGGGAAUUGUAAGAAAAAAGACAGUCUUUGUUGACAAACUCCCUGACGACACAAGCAUAUUAGAUAUCAUCAACUUCUUCAAAGAUGUUCGAGAAGAAAUUAUUCGUGUUCGACUUAUUGUAGACGGCAGAGGUGAACAUGUGGGCUGUUGCUUUGUUGAGAUGGCUACUGCCCACGCAGCGAAGAAGGCGGUGCGGAAGAAUUAUAACACUAGCAAGUCUUGUGUUUACGCUACUGAGAUAGCUGCUCCAUAUCCUUUCCAACCCAAGUACAAGCUUGCAGACCUUGCCGAGAAACUUUGGUACGAAGAUAACCUGCACCAAAAAAGCCUUUGUAGUCAAAAGCCCAAACCCAAUCUGAAUGAAAACAAGCCUAAGAAGACAACCUUCCCUGACGAUGAGUGAUAGAAGAUGAAGAUGCUCUUCUUGAAUUUAUAACUAUUCUAUAUGUAAUGCAAGGAUUUCUUUCAUCCCUAAGUACUUUGCUUUAGUUCGUGACUGCAAUGGUUUGGUUUCUUUUCUUAGUCGCUUGCAAAUAUUGAAAUACCUAAUAUGCAUUUAUUUGGCCUUAAAACCAGAUCGUGAUACCAAAUUUUCUUUAUUUGAUGAGUUCCCAUUGAAAUA